AUGCAUGAGGGUAUAGAAGAACAGGAAGGAAAUUUGCAAGAGGAAGAAUUGGAAUUUGCACUAGCAGCACUAGAUGAUUCCCUGCCAGAAGUGGAGAAUCCUUUGCAAGAAAUAAACCUGGGAACAGAAGAGGAUACUAGACCUACUUUCAUCAGCACAUUACUAGAAGAGCUAGUAAAGAAUGAGAUCAUUGCACUUCUGCAUGAUUUCAAAGACUGUUUCGCAUGA